AUGGUAAUGUUAAACAAUGUUAAUGAUCCGUUAGUUGAAAUGUUGGGUGUAUCAUAUCGAACGAUUUCUAGCUUUAAAGAACUAAAACACAGUGUGAAACAAGAAUUGGAUGAUGAAUCUCCAUCAAAAAAGUUAAGAUCAAAUGGCGAAACAACAACUUCAGCAGCAAGAGAAAAAAUCGUUCGACAUGAUAUACCGAACAUUUCGGCCAAUCGAUCAUUAAUAUUGCUGAAUGGAAUAACAACACGAUGGUUUUCUGAUUCAACAAAUUUGGUCACUGGAAAUAUAAGAGACUUUUCAACAGAAGAAGAAUCGCGCCGUGUCGGCAUUUUUAUACUCUGCAAUAAAAGAUUUUUAAUUCAUUGGUAG